CAAUUCACAACCAAAGUCAGAAUCUUCAAUUAUUGCUCCAUCAUCAUCAUCAUCAUCGCUCCUGUCAUGUUGCUCCAAACACACACACGUACAAAUACAAAUACGUAUCAACAUAACAAUUGCUUAUAGCCACUCAAUCCUAACAUGGGAUUCACAAAAGAUAAGGCUGAACUCGACGGAAUUAACGCAAGUGAUAGAGAUAUUAGAAUGGAAUCACUGGUUGAAGAUAUUGUGAUUGUGGGUGCUGGGAUUUCUGGCCUUGCAACAUCCUUGGGACUUCACAGGUUGGGUGUUCGAAGUUUGGUGUUAGAGUCUUGGAAUAGCUUGAGAGUCACAGGUUUUGCUCUUACAACAUGGACAAACGCUUGGAAGGCCUUGGAUGCUCUUGGCAUUGGCUACAUCCUUCGCCAAAACCACCUCCAGAUUUGCGGGAAUGUAACAACAUCUUUGAUCACGGGACAACAAACUUCAAAAACAUCUUUCAUCAACACCACGGGAAAACAUGGAGGCCAUGAGAUACGCUGUGUUCUGCGACAAGUAAUGCUGGAAGCUCUUGCAAAUGAGCUUCCAAGUGGCACUAUCAGGUUUUCAUCAAAGCUGGUAGCUAUUGAGGAAUCUGGUUUCAGUAAACUUGUUCAUCUCGCUGAUGGAACUGUCAUCAAAACCAAGGUUCUGCUUGGGUGUGAUGGAGUGAACUCAAUAGUAGCAAAGUGGCUAGGUUUUAAAAGGGCUUCUUCCUCAGGCAGAUCUGCAAUUAGGGGCUGUGCUACGUUGACCAGUAGACAUGAUCUUGAACCCAAGUUUAUGCAAUUCUUUGGGAAAGGCUUUAGAAGUGCUGUUAUUCCUUGUGAUGACAAGACUGUUUAUUGGGCUUUUACUUGGACUCCCGCUGCCCAAGAAAAGAAGAUAGAAGACAACCCAUGUAAAAUGAAGCAAUAUGUGUUAGAGAAGCUAGAGAACAUGCCAAGUCAUAUAAGGGCCUUCAUAGAAAAAACUGAUUUGAAUCAUUUCAUAUCAUCUCCACUGAGAUACAGACAUCCAUGGGAGUUAGUGAUGGGAAAUAUCAGCAAAGGCAAUGUGUGCGUUACUGGAGACGCAUUUCACCCCAUGACCCCUGAUAUUGGGCAGGGAGGGUGUUGUGCUUUAGAGGAUGGGGUUGUAUUAGCCAGGUGUCUUGCAGAGGCCUUCUCUGCAAAAGCAGGUGGAGAUAUGGAGAAGAAGAAGGAUGAAGAAAAGGAGGAGUAUAAGAGGAUCGAGGCCAGCUUGAAGAAAUUUGCCCAGGAGAGACGAUGGAGAAGCAUAACUCUGAUAUUUAUAUCUUACGUGGUGGGUUUUUUUCAGGAGGGUGAAUCCAAAUGGGUGUCCUUUCUGAGAGAUAAAUUCUUGUCUGCAUUUUUAGCUGGUUUUCUGUUGAAGAUGUCUGAUUUUGACUGUGGAAACCUAAGCAAGUACUCUUAAUUAGAUGCAUGAAGCUACCAUGAUAGUGUAAAUUAAUGUUCUUCUACAUUAUCCCCAAAAAAUAAUAAUAAUAAUAAUGUUCUUCUACAUAUAGUGAUGAUCACAAUUGUACUGUUCUUCAGAAGAUCUUGUACAGAAUAGCUCAUGCAUUUGUGUGAUGCAGUUAGAUGUACACGUGAUGAGGGAAUGAGGGAAAUAAUCAAACAAUGCUUGAUGUGGACUGACUUACCUUCCA